AGCCGCGGCGGCUCUGGCCCAGGCUGGGACGGGGGUAGGGGGUAGGGAAGGCGAGGGUCCAGGGAUCCGCUCCCGCCGCGGCCCUCUGAGCCCUCAAAACUCCGAAAAACAGGACGGGGUUCGUCAAUGGCUAGAAAAGCCCAAGCGCGCCGCCACCGGGCCCUACACCCCUGGGAGGGCUCCGUGGUGGGCGGGGGCUCAGGGUGCUCUGGGUCCUUUGCGGGCAGCAGGGCACAUGCGCUGCUCGGACCGCCAGCGUCCAGCCGCUGCGCCCAGGGACCGUCAGCACCUCCCCCUUGUGCUGCUCUGCCGUGGUCAACACUGGUCAUUCAACACAAGCCAGAUUCAAGACGACUCCCCGCCCCCCCGCCCCCCGCAGGCUGCGGCAUCUGUGGGUGGGCGCCACAUCCUGGGCUUGGCCUGGGGGAGGGGGAUGACUGCACCCCGCCCUGUGCUCUCACCCAGACGGGCACACACAGCACCUUUAGACGGGUGGGGAGGGGCCCCAACUUAAGAUGCUGCAGGCCAAAGACUAGGAAGCAGAGGGUCCCCCUGCGGGCCCCCUUUCCCGUGCACGUGCUCACACUGUUACACAUGCGUCACCCUGGCUCAGCCUCACACAGAGCUCUGGAGAACUGCGAUUUCUGUCCCCAGAGCUUUGUUGGUUUGCAGGGCGGACCAGGCCCCUCACUAAGCCAGGACUGCGCCCACGAGGGCCAGGGGGAGGGCCAGGUCCAUUUGGAGGGCGCAUGGCAUGUACUUUGUGGUCCCUGGCCUCCCCAGUGUCUCUCCAGAGGGUCCUUCCCUGUUUCUCCAGGAGGCAGCAGGCUGAACACAGAUGCUUUUGGGGGGUGGGUGGGGAACACUCGGGGAAGUCUAGGAUGCUAAGUCCCCAGCAGAGGUUCAGCCUGUGUCCCCGCCACACAGCUCGUGGGCAUCUUGGGGGUUUUUCCUCAGGUCCCCAGAGAGGCCGGUGCUGCUGCCGGGGUCCCCCCACCCCUGGGCGGGUGCCGCCGGGGCAAGAUGGUGGCCUUUCUGCCAACGCCCUCCUGCCUGGGGAACUCAGAAAAAACACCACUGAGAGGCCGCACCAUCUGCAUCUGUGGUUAAUUAGCAGUAAUUACACGUGUGCCAACGGCAGGAGAGUCGCAGGUUUGAUGACAUUCCAAGGGCUUCAGGGAAACAAACACUUGGCCCCACUCUGCCACUGAGGAGCCCCAGAUCGCCAGCCCGUCCAUCCCUCCCUGGCCAGGGGCAGGGCUGGGAGAGGGGCCCAGGUCCCCGAGAGCUUUUGCCCUCCUCUCCAACCCCGUCCUCCUCCAUGUCUGACCUGCAGCCAAGGCUGGGCGGAGCAAGGAUGGAGACACCACCUUAUAUUACAUAACCUCCCUCUGCUCCAAACACCCUUCACCCAUCUUUGGCCCAAAGUCCAGGAUGCCAGCCCGAGGCCCAGAGCCGCGCCUUCUCCACAGGAGACUGGGGCACCCCGGACAGACGCCCCCGUGUGGUGGCACCUGCCCGGGCUCCUUCUUGCCUCCCCUCUCGGGACGAGAGCCCCUGCCACCCACCCCACCUCCUCCCGCUACGGACCUCAGCACGAGCCAGGCCAGGGAUGUCCUCCCAACAGUCCAGCCUCACCCCCCACCCUCGUCCCCUGCUUCCCUGAGGGCCCCCCGCAACCUCCGUGAAAGAGGAAGGGUCUCCACCUCCCCUUUCCCUCCGUCAUCCCCCCAAAAGUAUGUACUGGGGGACUCAAGCCCAGCGCAGGGCGGCUCCUGGAGUUCAGCGGGGAGGUGAGCAAACACCUGGCGCCGGAGCUUUCUGAAUUUGGAUGGGCAGGACCCCCGCGAUCCCGCAGAAACCUGUUGAGAGUGUGAGGGGUCGAGCUGGGGCCCCAGGGCAUAAAGCGGGGACGGUGCUUGGGCAGGGCCAGGUGAAGGGACAGACGGUUCCGAGGGUGCCCGGCAGAGCUCAGCGGGAGGAAGAGCACGGACGAUGGUGGCCUGGGGUGGGGACAGGAUGCCCCUGGUUCUGGGCGACCCAGAAGUGUGGAUGGUGACCCUACCCUAAGGCGCAGCAUCUGCAAGCGUACUAGAUUUGGGGGAAAAUGGAGGCGUGGGCGACUGGGGAGCAGGCGGGUACCCUUCCCCCUCCCUGUGUCCCUGGGUCCCCCAGGCCUGGGCUAAACAACUCAGCCCAGCCCGCCCACUCCCACCAGGGGCUGGGCUCCUAAGGGCAGGGCCCGCAUCUCCAAAGUGCCCAAGGGCACCGAGACCACCGCAUAAGUGGGAACCGAGGCGACCCCCGGGAAGCGGCUCCCUGUCUGGUGCCCUCUCCUGCUGCGAGGACUCGGCCCAGGGCUCGGGCCCGCCCAAGGCCCCUACGGUGGCCGAGGGUCCCAGCUCCUGCCUUCGGCGGAACGUGAUCAGCGAGAGGGAGCGCAGGAAGCGGAUGUCGUUGAGCUGUGAGCGUCUGCGGGCCCUGCUGCCCCAGUUCGAUGGCCGGCGGGAGGACAUGGCCUCGGUCCUGGAGAUGUCUGUGCAGUUCCUGCGACUUGCCAGCGCCCUGGGGCCCAGUCAGGAGCAGCACGCUAUUCUUUCUUCCUCCAAGGAAAUGUGGCACUCGUUGCAGGAGGAUGUUUUACAGUUGACGUUGUCGAGUCAGAUUCAAGCAGGUGUGCCAGACCCUGGGACGGGAGCGUCCAGCGGGACUCGAACCCCAGAUGUGAAGGCGUUUCUGGAAAGUCCUUGGUCCUUGGAUCCGGCGUCGGCCAGCCCAGAGCCCCUGCCGCACAUCCUUGCGUCCUCCAGGCAGUGGGACCCCGCGAGCUGCACGUCCCUGGGCACGGACAAGUGUGAGGCACUGUUGGGGCUGUGCCAGGUGCGGGGUGGGCUGCCCCCUUUCUCAGAACCUUCCAGCCUGGUGCCGUGGCCCCCAGGCCGGAGUCUUCCUAAGGCUGUGAGGCCACCCCUGUCCUGGCCUCCGUUCUCGCAGCAGCAGACCUUGCCCGUGAUGAGCGGGGAGGCCCUUGGCUGGCUGGGCCAGGCUGGGCCCCUGGCCAUGGGGGCUGCACCUCUGGGGGAGCCAGCCAAGGAGGACCCCAUGCUUGCGCAGGAGGCCGGGUCUGCGUCGGGGUCUGAUGUGGACGAUGGGACGUCCUUCCUGCUAACUGCUGGUCCCAGCUCGUGGCCGGGAUUUAGUGUUUGGGAGCCCGUUCCUGGUUCUGGUCCAACAGGUGUCCUGGGUCUGGGGCCACCAGGGUCUCUGGAGGGUCGAGGAGGCAGUGGCCCUGCAUGGGCCCCAGCUGAGAGCAGUCCACUGGAUGAUGGAGAGCCAGGCUUCCUAGGGGACCCUGAGCUUGGCUCCCAGGAGCUCCAGGACAGCCCUCUGGAGCCGUGGGGCCUGGAUGUGGACUGUGCAGGCCUGGCCCUGAAGGACGAGGUGGAGAGCAUCUUCCCUGACUUCUUUGCCUGCUAGCAGCCAGGCUGUGGAGAGGAGGCGGGCGGGGCCGGUGGAUCUGGAGCCGUGUGUGUCCCUGUCGCGUGCUUGGGCAUUUUAUUUUGGGUUUGGGUUGCAGCUGCACCCUAGUUUGAGCGAGGCUUCCAGGCUGCGAGAAGAGGAUAGCGAAUAUUAAAGAGGGAAAGCAGUUUUCCUGGAGGAAGCAAAA